UUCGAGGUCGGUUGGAAUUUUCGAUUGGCGGAGUCUACAAUGGAAAAUCAAUUACAAUUGGCCUUGACCAGUCCUACGACACCGUUCUUGAGCUUGUUCGACUCACAGAAGGAAAUUCUCAAUAGCCAGAUUUAUCAGCUCCAAAACAUCGUUGUACAACAAUGUAACCUCACUGGCGUCAAUCCCCUCUCUCAAGAGAUGGCUGCAGGAUCUCUUUCAAUAAAAAUUGGCAAAAGGCCAAGGGAUCUCCUAAACCCCAAGGCAAUCAAGUAUAUGCAAUCUAUUUUCUCUGUCAAAGACGCAAUCAACAAGAAGGAAAUGCGUGAAAUUAGUGCUCUUUUUGGUGUCACAGUCACACAGGUUCGGGACUUCUUUACAGCUCAGCGCACAAGAGUUAGAAAGUUCCUGAGGUUGUCUAGAGAGAAGCCUAUCAUAACCAAUAUAUCUAUUGAAGGGCCUUGUCUGAUCCCAUUAAGUUCUGAUCCUAGUUCACAAACAGAACCAGUUCCCCUAGAUAGUGCAGUUCCAACCUGUACAGAGGAGGGGCCACCUUAUUUGACACAAGAUGAGGUCCUAACUGCCAUAGAGGAGAGGGAUAGGCAUUUUGUUGAUAAUAUCCUUACUUUAAUGUGUAAGGAAGAAACCUUUUCUGGGAGGGUUAAGCUGAUGGACUGGAUCUUGGAAUUACAAAACCCCUCUGUGCUAUAUUGGUUUUUAACUGAAGGGGGUGUAAUGAUCUUAUCUGCAUGGUUGAGUGAAGCAGCUGGAGAAGAGCAAACCAGCGUUCUUCAUCUCAUCCUGAAGGUACUCUGCCAUCUUCCUUUACACAAAGCAUUUCCUGGACAUAUGUCUGCUAUACUGCAGAGUGUUAACAGUCUGCGAUUUUAUCGGACUCCAGCUAUCUCAGACAGGGCAAGUAUUUUGCUUGCAAGAUGGAGCAACAUAUUUUCAAAGAGCCAGGCUAUGAAGAAACGUAAUGGGGUUAAAUCUGCUAGUGAUAUGCAUGAUGAGUUGUUAUUGCAGCAGAGCAUUAGCGAAGUUGUGGGUAACGAAGUUUGGAACUCAAAAAUUGAGGACGUUGAAGACGCUCGUGCAAACCUCUGUGGGACCUCAGAGAAUUCAAGGAAUUUGGAUUCUCCACAGCCAGUUAAAUUGCUUAUGGCAUCUUCAGAUGACUCUAACAAGAUGCUUAAAGGAGCUUUGGUGACUAAAACUCGAGAGCGCAGAAAAGUUCAGCUAAUGGAACAACCAAGCCAAAGAACAAUGGGAAGAAGCCUAGGAAGACCAGCACCGGCAACUCAAGGCCGCCCACUCUCAGCAGAUGAUAUCCAAAAAGCAAAAAUGCGUGCACAGUUUAUGCAGAGUAAAUAUGGGAAAACUAAUAAUGAUGAGAGUUCUCGGGUGAAGCCUCAAGCUCCAAAUGGAAUUACCUCUUCAUCAAAUGGUAUCUUGCUUGGAGCUCCAAAAUUGCAAGAUCGGCCUAAAGUUGAGGAAUGUGAAAAGCUCAAUAGUGUUGCCUCUAAAGGGCCCAGUCAGCUUGAAAAUCAUCUCAAGUUGAGUUUUGACGUAGAGGAACCUCCAUCGAAAAGGUGCAAGAAAAUGCAGAUCCCUUGGCGGAAACCACCAGGGUUGCAGCUCAGCUAUGCAUGGAAGGUUUGUGCAGGGGGUGAGAGUAAAGAAGUCGACGUUCAGAAUUGGAGAGUCCAUCGAGAGACGGAAGCCAUUUACAGGACAGUCCAGGAAAUCCCAUUGAACCCCAAGGAGCCUUGGGAUCCUGAAAUGAAGCCUGAUGACACAUUAACCACCGAACUCCCGCUUGUGCAAUUACCAGAUGCGGAAGGUGCUGAAACAGCUGUUUUGCCGCAGGAGGACAGAAAAACUGAAGCUGCUGCAUUGGCUAGUACGUCAAAUGGCAUUGCAACUACAGCAAAACCUGAUUUAGAGUUGCUUGCUAUACUGUCAAAUGGCAUUGCAACUACAGCAAAACCGGAUUUAGAGUUGCUUGCUAUACUGCUAAAACAUCCAGGGCUGGUUUAUGAUUUGACGUCUGGCCAAGGUGGAAACUUGUCCAGUGAGCAAAUUGUAAAGCUGCUUGAUUCGAUCAAAGCCAAUGAGAGGAAUUCACUGAGCAUUCAAACAAAUUUAGCCAGAGACGCUGAGAAGAAAGUUGAAGUUCCUCUUCCAUCCCUCACUCUUUCCAGUGAUCCUGGAACGAGUGGAUUGUCAAUGCAGAACUUUGUUAAAAAUCCUUUCUCACAGAGAAGUUCAAUGGUGGUUCCAGAAGCAAAUGAUGUGCCCCAACACGCGGUGUUGGUCCAUUCACAGGAAAUUCAUCAAGCUAGCAGUUUGGUGCAUCAGCAGAUGCCCCUUGUGCCACAAUUGGCCCAACAGUUGGCACUGCUUCAAGCAGCUGCAGGGGCUCAUGGUGUGCCCCAACACGCCCCGUUGGUCCAUUCACAGGAAAUUCAUCAAGCUAGCAGUUUUGUGCAUCAGCAGACGCCCCUUGUGCCACAAUUGGCCCAACAGUCUGCACUGCUUCAGGAAGCUGCAGGGUCUUAUGGUGUGCCCCAACACGCCCCGUUGGUCCAUUCACAGGAAAUUCAUCAAGCUAGCAGUUUUGUGCAUCAGCAGAUGCCCCUUGCGCUACAAUUGGCCCAACAGUCUGCACUGCUUCAGGAAGCUGCAGGGUCUUAUGGAAAUGAUCAUCGACCAUCUCCACUAAAUCCUAGUAUAAACCAGACAGUCCUUGCAAAUCCUAUGCGUUCACAAUUAUCCGCCGCCUCAGGACCAGCAGUAAAUAGAAAUAAUUACUCUUUCUCUGGAUUGACGGAAUACAAUCAACAGAGUGCCACUGCAGCAGCAAGAAUCCAAGGUGUAACAUAUGGUAAUAUUCGAUCUUCGCAAAUGCCUAUAGCUAAUAUACAACAAAGAACUAUUAGCCUACAUGCACCUCAGAUGUCACCACAAAGGCCACAACUACAAACACAGAGGCAACCUGGAUAUGCACCUGAACAUAUGUGGGGGACUAUACCGGGAUCUGCUUUAAAUCGGGGUUAUCCAGAAAAUGCCAUUCCUAACCAUUACAAUCCACAUGUUGCCGGGCAUGUUGAACCAGGAUUACAACAGGCUGCAUGGAGAGGAAACAACAACUAUGGCGAGGGAGCUGGGUUUGAAUCUUGGAGUCUUGAUAAUAGACCUGUUAGGCGUCAGGAACAGGUAGCAAGAUGGAACUACGCAGAACCUCAGAUGAAUAUGAGAGACCGCUACAGACCUGAUUGGUCUGCAUCGUGUGAUCCUGGGCAUUAUUCUGGUUAUCGUGGUCGUGCCGAUGGUGUGAGUAGGAGGCGGGGUGACAGGAGAAGGAGAAGAUAACCGUCAAACG